UGCCGCCGAUCUCUCCUCAGUUGUUUCUUGUACGUGAAUGAGAGAGAGCGUUCGUUUGACCGGCUCUAAAUAUGUGAAUUAUUACGAUAAAGUGUCGCGGCCAUUUUGGAUUUACUCUCCCGUUCUUUUUGAUGCAGCUGGUGCAAGAGAUUCCUCCCAAAAUGACCGAGAAGCCCACUGCUAAUACAGCUGCUCCAAAGAUCAAGCAGGAGCGGGUGGACGAUGGCGAGAUCAACCAGCUGGCAUUGGAAAUGGCGGAGAAAAACCGCCAAAAGAUGAUUUCUCAGGCAGCGCAAAUCGCUCAGCAGAAUCAAGCUUCCCAACAGGCAUUACAGCGAGCUGGUGGUCAGCAGAUGAUCACGUAUUACUUCAACCGUGAGAAAAGUAAAAAUUCCUCGUCGGAGGAUUCUGUGAUCCCUAAGAAAGUUGAGGAGAAAAAGAAGGGAACCAUUGAUGAGGAAAGUUUAAGAGGGAGAUUUGGGUGGUCUACCAUCCACAAUGCUCAUAUCCCUUACCUGUUUAGGCGUGAGGAUAAAUAUUGUGCUGUGCGUAUGGUUGAAAAUAAGUUAUUAAAUAAGUACCUAAGCUACCUCCCUCAUGAAAUUACCACCUGCAUCCAUGUAAGAAGUUAUUUUAUAACAGAGGGAGAGGCUAAGUUAUUGAAUGAAAUUAAUAUGAAACACUGUGAGUUUCAGUUUGGACGGGAUGUCUUUACGACCAAAGAUCUAGUGGUGAGACUUCAGGAUGCACGGUGCUUUUACAGGUUCCUAGAUACAUGCUUUAAAAAAUUGGUGCAAAAAUCUCCUGAGCAAAGUGAAUUUUGUGGGUUUGUUAGAAUAAAUGGUGAGAGUGUUGUGCCGUAUACAGUGAAAAAUAAUAAAAAGUAUGUUCCUUUAUUUUAUUUUGAGGGUGAAACGGAUACGCUGAAGUUAAAAGCAGAAAAAAUAGAUAAUUGGGAGCUUGCAUACCUUAAGUUUUGUUGUAAAGUUCAGGGAAUCAGAAAUGAGUUGUUUGCUAGUGAAACUUGUGCAGUGGUUAGUUUAGAGGAUGUGCAGCAGUAUUUUCCUAAGGAUACCAAGUUUGAGGAUUGGUGGCCUCAGAAAACGGCUGAACCCAUGAGAGUGGUCAGUCACGGCACAAAGCCUGGUGGGGUGUGGACUCAGAGACCUCCAGGGGGUUCGAAUAGCAGUGGCGGAAUGCAGCAAACUCAGCUCUCCUCUUCAGCCACCACCUUAACCCCUAUUGCGAGUAAACCUCCUGUGCCAGUAACUACCACCUCCAGCCAUAUACCCAGUGCAGCCUCUGUGUCUGCUUCAGUAGCCAAUUCUAAUAGUAUAGCAUCCCUGACAAAUUCUUUACACAGUAUAAAUAAUCUUAAUAGCAUCUACUCACAGUGGGCUAAUUUAGUUAAUGGACAAGCUGCAGCCGUUGCGGCAGCGUCAGUUUACUCUGGGACGCCUAACAUGCAGGCAUUGUUAACUGGGCUUACUAAUGAGCAAAUGAGAAGACUACAACCACAGGUAUCCCUACCAGCAUCAAUUUCUUCUAUAUCAGCCUCACAAAGUACGGUUCGCCCACCUCCCUUAGUUCCAUCUUCAACGACGAUUAGUCCAGUUUCCUCCGCUUCUACCUCCUCCACCAACCGCAUGGUAAACAAUCUCGACGCCACCUUGCGACAGUUGGGUUAUUCCUCUGCUCAGAUCAACCAGUCAACGUUAAAUUCUUUAGCUAGUGCAACUGUUGGAAAUUCAAAUUUACAUUCUUACAAUACCAGACAAUCUACAACAAAUACACAUCAUAAUCCACGUUCUCUGUAUGUACAGACAUCACCCUACUUACGAACGUUCAGAGAUACAAACAAAUGGGAUCGCAAAUUAAAAUUCUAUACAGAGCACUACCCUUUGCCACUCAAUUCCAACUCGAACAGCUCAAAAUCCGCAUCCAAAGCCCCUCCACCUCUCAUUCCUGUGGCCAAUGGCUUAAGGCCUGACAAUCUUUCUAGUCACAAAGGUGUGGGUAGAAAUGGAUUGGAUAAACAGCGACUUGUAGAUACCCCUGCCUUCAGACCUGAUCCUACAAUACAGGAACCACCGUACAAAGUUAGGAAGGUUAUGAUGGAUGGAAAAGCUGUAUUAUGUAUAAAUCGUAAUGCGUAUUCUCAUCAAAAUGCCUCAGAUUUUAAUAUGGUUGCAAUCCAGGAUAUCAUAAAGGAUUUCUUCCCUGCUGCUACCCUUAAUGAAUGCAUUGAGGUGUUUCAGAAUGUCCUAACUGUAACCGUUUACAAAGCCAACUGGCAUCAAGUUAACACCCUAAUGGAUGCUUGGGGCAGUGCGGUGGCUCCUGACUUAGUGCCACUUAUCUAUACCAGUGACCUUGUAACAUAUCUUUCACAAAUUAAAUACAUUUUCCAGCGACACUCUACCCUCGGUCAGCCCCAGGCUAAACGUAUAAGAACUACCUGAUGGUUAGAGGGGUUGUAGUGAAAGUAGAAUUUGAAAAACAAUAACUUGAAUUGAAUGAUGAAAAAGGACUAAAAUAGAGUAUGGAAAUUUUUACUAAUCCAUACCCAGUGAUUGAAAAGUAUUCCUACAAAUAAUGUUGAAUUUUUUUAAAAAGUCAGUAUUGAAAAUACUGAAUGAUCAAUGGAACCAAAAUACAAACAUUAAAUUAAGAUAGAUCACAUUGUUAUCAGUGAGUAUGAGGAUCUUUGGUCCUCCUGGUUGUUAAGUGAUGCAAGAGUUGAAACCAUUUGAACAGUGGUUUGCACAGAGAAUCAUCUUGUGACGUUAUUGUAAAUGAAGAGAGGAAUCAAAUUGUACCUGAGCAUGUCUGUAUAGAGAAAUAAAUGGUUCAUAAUAAAAAUUG